AUGGCUGCUAUAAGAUUGGCUUUCACCCCCCUGUUACCAAGUUUAGUUAGACAGGUUUCAAGGUCACCUAUACUAUCACAGAUGUCCUGGUCAAAACUACUUGUCUGCAGCAGUCUCAUGAGGGAGAACAGGUUCUGCUCUUCUGUUCCAAAACCACAGCACCAGAAAGUGAAAGUCAUUUUCUUAUUAUCUGAUGGUCGCAGACAGGAAGUCAAUGCCAAAGUGGGAGACAACUUGUUGGAUGUCAUCACGGAAAACGAUAUAGACAUUGAUGGCUUUGGUGCUUGUGAGGGAACCCUGGCCUGCUCCACGUGCCAUCUCAUUUUCAAACAAGAGGAUUACGACAAAAUCCCUGACAAGCCGACAGAUGAGGAGCUGGACAUGUUAGAUCUGGCAUAUGGCCUCACAGACACUUCACGUCUGGGUUGCCAAGUGAUUGUCACAAAAGAUAUGGAUGGCUUAGAGAUUUCAGUGCCUAAAGGUGUGGCAGACGCUAGAAGUCCGCAGUCAUAA